AUGGAUAUCUUGUUCAUCGAGACCCGUUGUCAAAGCGAGUCUCGGCCUUCCUCCUAUUACCCUUCUAUCUCGUCGUCUUCCUCCUCCUCCUCCUCCUCCUCCUCCUCCUCCUCUCCUGCCUCCGCCUCCUCCGCCUUGUUUGUAGAGACAAGGCCUUCCAGCCCUGCACCCACUGUCUCUCACAGUCCCACCGUCUCUGGUCAGCCUCAUACCAUUUUACUGCCUACCUCCUCCCUUUUGGAAGAGGUAAGCCCACCAGUUAACCCCGAACUUAUUUUCGAGGAUGAUUCAACGGAGGACUCAUUCACCUCCCCACGUCAAAUCACUGCCAGAGAAGACUCUUCACCUGUGCCAGAGCACACUGCCAGCCUUGGUGACUCCACAGAUUCGCAACCUUUGGGGCCAUCUCGAUCUUACCGUUCAGUGCCACGGAAGAGGUUCUGGAACAAGUUCUGCCGAGACUGUGGCCGCAAGGGUCAUAUGUCUGCAAAUCUUCGGAGGGUGCGCUAA